UAUCAAUAUCUCUUCGCAUUCGUCAUAAUAGUGUGAAUUUUUUAAUUCUUUUGUUUUUGGUUCAAUGACUUUAUGAAAUAUUUGCGGAGCUGCUCUAUAUGCACAUCUGGUGAACAUAAAUUUGGUGCUACUUCAGUUGUAUUUCGUCAUUGAUUUUUAUUAUUUUCACUUUGUAGUCGGCUUUUGCAAUUAUCUACAAAUGAAAUAAAUUUUAAUAACAAUUCACAAUAAAUGCGAAGCAACGAAGCAAAACAAAAUGCAAUAAAUUGAAUAUAACUCGCGCAAAUGUCAAGACUGUGAAUGGCACACAAACAGUUUUACGGCUUAUUUUGCGUUUGUGUUUCACGCUUGUUGUUUAAUAAAAAAGAAUUUCCAUUCUGAACUAAAGUAUAAUAACGACUAAAGUGUAUUAAAAUCCUAACAUACAAGAUGUUAGAAAAUACUUAUCCUAAUUUAGAGAAGUUGUGUAGAUUAUGCUUGAAGGUGAACGGAGCCAUUUACAGCAUACAUCCAACCAAUGAUGCCACAACAAAUAUGUCAAUUCCAAUGCGUAUUAUGGCUUGCACUUCUUUGGAAGUCCAAAGAAAUGAUGAUUUACCAAAAUACAUCUGUGCUGAAUGCCGUUAUCAAUUGGAGAAAUCCUAUUUACUACGAAAACGUUCGCAAGCAACGGACUCCAAGCUGCGAAAACAUCUGCGCUUAAUUAAUUCGGGUAGGAUCAGCCAGUGCUUCAUAAAAACCGACGAUGAUGACGAGGACGAAAUUGAAUUUGAAGAUUCAUUAAAUUUUAUAAAACAAAUUGAUCAUUUAAAAUUAAAAGCUGAAGACGAGAGAAGGGCAAAUUUAGUGGAAAAAGAUGUUGUGAAGAAAUUAUCGCAAUAUAAAAAAGAAAUAUAUGAAACAUGCAAAUCGGAAUUGCGAGACGAGGUAAAGGGUGAAGUUAAGCGGGAAAUAAUUGAUGAAGUUCUUGAUCAACUUAGAUAUGACUUGCGCAAGGAGGUAGAGAAGGAAUUACGUAAAACUCUAUUACCGGAGUGUAAAGCGUUGGUUAAAAACGAAAUUCAACAAGAAUGUAGAGAACAAGAACGUAAGGAACUGCUGGGUGAAUUAGAAGUAUUUAUUAGUAAUAAACGCUUGGGCAAAGACAAUGAACCAAAUACAAACACUGAUUUUGUACCUUAUAAAAGACUUAAUCCAAAGAGAAAUGCUAAAGAGGCAAAUGAUAUUUCGGAAAAAACUAUGGUGAAGGCACGACUUCCCAAGCGUUCAUUUAUUGAACAAAAUGCAGCAAAGUCAAACAAUAAAAUGAAAAUAUUGGAAAAGUUUAAAGUGGAGGAAUCACAUUCAAGCGAUGAUAAAGCAACGCCUUUUUUGAUUAUAACAGAGAAUGAUGACAAAAUGUCAGAUGACGAUGAUUCCGAGUCGAAUUUUUUUAUAUAUGAACCUCAUGAUAGCAACGACGAAGAAAUGUUGGGAGAUAAUGAAAAAAUGUUGGAAAAUAAUUUAGAAACUGAGAAUUUCGAGGAAGUAAAUACUGACAAUAUCAUUGAAGAAAAUUCUUAUGACGAAACUGAAAAUGAAAAUAUUCCGUUGUUAUGCUCUGAGGAUGAUGAUAUCAAUGAAGACGAUGAUAAGGUGGGAGUUUACAAAAUUUUUAAAAUGGAUGAUAUUAUUGAAUUCCAAAACGUAGAUAAUAUUCCAGAUAUCAAGAAUAAAUCAAAUAAAACUUACAAAAAGGCUACAUUAGUCAAUUCUGUUCAAAAAGUUGAAAUUAAAGAAACGAAAACCACAACUUCGGCAAUUAUUCUAAAGACUUUUGAGCAUAACGGUUCUCCAGAUAUACCAAAAACAUUUAAAUGUAAAUCCUGCCCAAUGGCAUUUUCUACUGAAUACGGAUUAAAUAUUCAUAUGAAAACGCAUAGUAAAAUUCUAGAAAAGGGCGUUUCAUACAAAUGCAGUGUUUGUCAUGUUAUUUUCUCAUGCAAAAGUGUUUUGACCCGACAUUUUCGCAUUCAUACCGGUGAUCGUCCACAUAAGUGUGAGAUAUGUGGAAAAUCUUUUGUACAACGUGAAGUUUUGACACGUCAUAUGUAUGUGCAUUCCGGUGAGCGAAAGCAUCAAUGCACACAAUGCGAUCGAUCGUUCAUACAAAAAAUUUGUUUAACUCAACAUAUUAAAAAAGUUCAUUCAGCAGUGCCUCAUAUCCAAUACUACAAUUGUCAUUUGUGUCCAAAACGUUUUAACUAUGCCUCCGGACUAAGUCGGCAUUUGGGCACUCAUUCCGGACUCAUUUUUCAAUGUACACAAUGUGAUCGUAAAUUCUCGGAUCAUUCUUCUGUUAAACGACACGUUCAAACUGUACAUGGAGAGCCGAAACCCUUGAAAGAAGAGACAGAAUCAAUAGAAGUGCAAAUUAAUUGCAAUGAUGAUAUCUUGGACUGAAAUUAAUAAUCGUUAAUAAUUAUAAAUAACUUAUAAAUAUGUAUAUUACGAAAUUAACACGUUUCUCUGAAAUCUGAAUUAUAAUUAUGUAAAUAAAAAUAAAAUAACACAGU